AUUUAGACUUUGCAGACCAUUUUGAGAACCAUUUCUAAUUUAGUCUCAAUUGUUGAAGUUUGAGCUCUCAAAAAAGGCAGAAUCAUACCGUGAUCAGAACGUGAUCAAAUUACUACCACACGUAUAGUUCGAAUUCAGAAGUCAGGAAAAUAGCAAGAAGCGAUCUAGUUCAAGUUCAACCCAACCGAUCAACGAGACACGCUCCAAACUGGACAAGCGAAGCUCAAACAAUAAAGUAGUGGUGACGAGCUUCACCCUAGGUGACUCGGAAGCCAGCGACCGCGCUUCCAACAGCACCCUCAAUAACCUUGAAGGCGAUCUCGGACGACCGACAAACCUCGGGGUGACUCCUGGACCCGAAAACUCCUCGGAUGCAGAGCAGUCUAAAAAAGCAACCAGUCCGACUUCUAAAGUCAGCCCCAAAACCCCGAGCAGUGACUCGGCAUCGCCGAACAGCACGACAAGUGCCAACGACAGUCCGAUUGUAGAUGUCGAACAUGGAGUGGAGAAAGAUAAGAAAAAUGGGCGCAAAAGCGCCGUCCGAGAGACACCGAAGAUUAUAGUGAGCAGGACAGAAACGGACGCAAAGAAUGAUCUGGCUAAGAAACAAGUGGAUCCCAAUUCAGUCAACAUUGAGAUGGUGGGAAAAGGAGACAAUGAAAAAAAGCCUGUUGGGAACGGCCUUAUCUUCGAGAACAACGGCUAUGUUUCAAAUGACGACACUUUAAACAGUCGCCCAAAACACAUGGGAAGGUUCAAAGCCCAAAAAGUGCUCCUAUCGCCGCCCCAUGAUCACCGCGGGCGACGUGGGUCGCACUCGUCGUAUAACGACUCGAAUGCGCCCGACAAUGAUAGUUCGGACGAAAACGGAACUACGAUCAACAGUGUGAGUGAUUUGAGGGCGCAGAAUUUGAACUUCAUCAACUCGGAAGAAGUAAUGCUGCUGCACUCGGAACUGAAGAAGGUUCAAGUGAAAGAUUUCACGAAGGAAGUGCGAGCUACAAUGGAUAUCGAGGACUUCUUCAAGGACGGAGACGUGUUCAUUGACGUGCAUGCAAAUACACUUGAGGAAGUGCUGGAGCACAUUCUGGACAAAAUCAGACACAAGGAGAAAGAUAUCGGAAUGUUCGAUGCCAAAAACAGCAUCCUCACAUUCCCACUCGAUGUCUUCACCAACUCGCUACAGGGUACGUGUGUGUACGACGGGUGGGUAGAUCUGGACCAAUCGUGGAUUUGUGGCCUUUGCACCAUGACAUCCAUUUCCACUCGGCGUAUCUGCAUUGCGAAGUUGAAACAUGCCAUGAAUAUGGGACCAACUACACAAGAGGUUAGGUUCGUGAUUCUGAUCCUGACCCCGGCCAACUCUAAGAAGACAAAAAGUGAGCUGGAAGUGGGCAGGACCAUCUCCACCCUCUUCUGUGACGUCAACUUCCGCUCGGAGAUGAUGAAUGCGAAGAGCGACGGCGAUGUGUUUAAAGCGAUAAAGCAAAGAGUGGAAGUCCUCAAAGACACCAGAACACGUGCAAGACUGCCGAAGGUAUCUUCCGGAGCUGAAGUUACUUUCGACGAGGAGAAAUUGCACAUCCACAAAACUCCAGAGGACGAGAACUCAACUGCAUUGCAAUCGUAUGGACGAAGAAUAGCUAAAAUGGACUGGCUGUUCCUAGGAGUCAGACAGGAUAUUUUGAGAAGGGGUCGCUAUUAUCUGAGAGAUUACGUUGAUGGUGUGACGGGAGUGAGGGCGCUUUCGAAAUUGAUCUCUACGACUCUCUUUCUGUACUUUGCGAUACUGUUGCCGCUCUUGGCACUUGGUGUGACGAAUAAGAGCAACACAGACGGAGCGAUGACUAUCAAGAAGAUGAUUGUGGCCCAGGGCAUCGGAGGGGCCAUCUUCUCCUUCUUCGGUGGUCAACACCUGGUGAUUUUGAUCACAACAGCACCAGUGGUCAUAUUCACACUCAUCAUCAAAGAGAUAUCGGAAGACUUGGGCGAUGAUUUUUUCACGCUCUAUUGUGUGUCGGGUCUCUUCAACAGUUUCUUCCUGGCGAUCUACUCGUGUACGAACUGCUGCUACUUGAUGAAGUUUUGCUACAGGUCAGUGGAUGAAGUGUUCGGCGUCUUCAUCUCCAUCGCGUUCGUAAUCGACGCCAUUAAAAGUUGCAAGCACAUCCACGACGACUACUACAGAUCAUGUCCAAUCAUAAACGCUACAAGUGCCACUCUUGCAAAUGCCACCACUGAAAGUGCCAUCGUUGAGUCGGCUGCCGACGGAUGUGGCAAAGAAAUAUUUCUUCUGGCGUUGCUGCUGAUGUUGGGAACCCUGUGGCUGGGAGUCACUCUCUUCAACUUCACCAAGAGUCCUUAUCUGGACUCGACCAAACGAGUACUUCUUGCAGACUACGCGCUACCAGGUGCUGUUCUCAUUUUCUCAUUCAUCGGCAGCUAUUGCGCAAAAGAUAUCAACUCGCCUACUAUUGAAAGUGACGAUGAAAGUGAGAAGUACUUCGAGAUCCCAGACAUCGCUGGACUGAGCAUCGGUGGAUGGCUGGUGGCAGUCGCCAUGGGAUUCUGUCUUUCUAUUCUUUUCUUCAUUGAUCAAAACAUAUCCGCAUCUUUCGUGAACAACCCCAAAAACAACCUCAAAAAGGGACCAGCGUAUCAUUUGGACCUUCUGGUUCUGGCUGUCAUCAAUGCAGUGCUGUCGAUUUUUGCACUUCCCUGGAUCCACGGUGCCUUGCCUCACUCCCCGCUGCACGUGCGUGCGCUCGCGGAGUUCGAAGAGCGUAUGCAACAGGGUGUUAUGACAGACGUUGUCGUGAAAGUUCACGAGACGAGACUGACUUCAAUUCUGGCCAAUGCAUUAAUCGGAGUCUCGAUUUACAUGUUUCCAACUCCUAUCGAAUACAUCCCUGUACCGGUCUUGGAUGGCGUGUUGUUGUACGUUGCGGCGGUGUCUCUUCUUGGAAAUGAGUUUUUUGAGCGUCUGCUGUUGUGGGUGACGGAGCAAAGCGCCUACCCCCCAAACCAUUAUGUCAGACACGUGACACAAAAGAAGAUUCACCUGUUCACCUUUCUACAGGUCCUGCAACUGUUAAUCCUAUGUGGUCUCGGGUUUGCCCCCCUUUCCUACCUGAAAAUGGUGUUUCCAGUUGCCCUUGGAGCUUACAUGCCGAUCCGCCAUUUCCUGUUCCCGAAAAUGUUCGAACAGCAAUACCUGGACGCCUUGGAUGGUCAUUAGAGUCCGAUUGAAAACUGUGAAUUCUUUUAUACGAGCUUCAAUUGAAAACUAAACAGAGAUUUAGAUUUACUUACACGGACAUUCACUUGUAUAUUGUUAAAUAAUUAUGAAUUAAGUUGAUCGUAUGUGAGGUAAUUUGAGCUUUAUAUUUUGUUGGACGAGUUUUAUUUUCAUGACCAAAAACAAAUGGAAGUAAUUUGUAAAAUUUCAGUUUUGUGUUGAAUUAAAGAU